CAAAGGAUGAUUGUCGACUUUUAGUGCAGAUGACAAAUCGAAGAUUUCAUUUUUCGAAAUGCUAAAAACAAUUACUUUGAAAAAUUUUGUCCAUUUCAAAGACGAGACUGUCAUUCAUUUAGAUGCAAACAAAAAAGAGAGCGAUGGCUGUAAUUCUCUAAAUGUUUUCGUAGGAGCUAAUUUCUGUGGGAAAAGUACCAUCAUAGAAUUAAUACGACGGUGCAUGACUGACGAGAUAAAUUUGUCAAAAACAAGCCUUUGUCUUGAAGAUUCAGUUGCAUAUGCAUUCUGUAAGUUUGAUGAUGAAAUUAUUUCUGGAAUCAUCGCUGAGCCCUACCCGAAUCAUUAUCAUUCGCCAACGGUGUAUAAAUUUUUCAUUUACGACAAGGUAAAUGACAAGGAAAAUGAAACCUUUUUUCGUUUUAAGUCGUCCAACAACAGUGCUCAUUUCUACACUGAUGUUCUGGGCGACACGGAAAAGAAAGUAUUUAGGAAACUCUUAGGAAAAAAAACAGGUGAAACAAGCCAAACUGAUGAAAACAUUAACUAUCUUCUCAAAAUGAUAAAGACAAAAAAAAUGACUAAUUUUUCUCAAUAUAAACCAAGCUGGAAAGAUAUCGAAAACCAAUUUAUAGCUACUUUUCCCCUGAGAGGAAUUGGAAUUGCACAAUGGUCCAAAAGUGAAAGAAUACAAAAUGAACGCAACUAUAUAGAGGCUUGUGAAAGGGCUGAAGUUAUAUCAACAUUGUUAAGGACAAAGCAAUUUGACGAAGAGUAUGAGAAAGAAAUUUUUGAAUUCAUAACAUAUCCCGACGUAUUUACCUUUACACAAAACAAUGGACAUAUAUAUGUUCAAAAAGACGAAUUAAAAUUUCAUUUGUUAAAGACAUCUGAAGGAAUAAUAGAAGCAAAACUGACGUGUUUGCUCUUGGCGGACACGAGCAUCAAAACUCUUUGUCUGGAGGAGCCUGAUCGAGGAAUGCACCCUCAAAUGAUUGAACGGUUAAAGACAGUGUUGUGCAAAGCAGCAUAUAACAAAACAAUUAUUGUUGUGACACAUAGUCCCAUUUUUAUUGACAAUAUUACCAUCCACAAUACGCACGUUUUUUUUCGAAAGAAAAUCAUAACGAAUUGUAAAAUUAGUCCCCUUAAAAAAAUUAAGAGUUUCCCGGAACUUUCAAAAGUGUCUGACAAUGAAAAAUUGCACCAAAGUGCGUUGUUUACAAGUAAACAAAUAACAGAUGCUAAAAAUUGUUCUGAUAAGAGAAGUAGGUGUUGUUUGGAUAUAAUGAAAAGUACAGAAUCUAACACUUGUUCUCUUAAAAAAGUUAAGAGUUGCCCGGAGCUUUCAAAAGUGGACAGCUUUGAAAAAUUUCAAUGUAUGUUGGAAAUAAGAAAAUUCAUGUCAGAUUCUGACACUUCUCUUAGAAAAAUUAAGAGUUGUCCGGAGCUUUCAAUAAUGUCUGACAGUGAAAAACUGCACCGAAGUUUGUUGUUCACAAGAAAUCAAAUAAUAUUUUUUAAUAAUUGUUCUGUUAAAAGAAAUGGAAGUUGUUCGGAGCCCUCAAAAGUGCGAAGUUUUAAAAAAAUUCUUCGUAUGCUGGAAAUAAGAAAAUUAAUAUCGGAUUAUCUGGAGUUUUCAAAAAUGUAUGACAAGGAAAAAAGUCAGAGAAAAAGAAUAACUGAUUACAAAGUUUGUUGUCUUGAAAAAGUGAGAAGUUCACCGAAGCUUUCAAAAGUGACCGACAUUGAAAUAAUCCGAAGUGUGCUGUUCGCAAACAAAGUUUUGUUGGUAGAAGGAGCAACUGACAGAGAAGUUGUGCAAGGUAUUUUUACCGAGUACAAAAGCGAUAAGCUAAGAAGAGGAGAGAAAAAGAUAGGAGAAUUCAAAAAAGAUAUAACUACCUAUCAAGUUGUUUCAGUUGACGGUUAUAAAAAUGUCAAAAGGGUACGGGAAUUCUGCGAAUAUAUCCAUUUACCAUGCUUGUGUUUAAUGGAUCUUGACACAAUUGUGCAUAGUAAAAAACUAAAAUCGUCAAAACAAAAUCAAGCAAAGAAAACAAAAUUGAUUUCAAAGUUUUCGAUAGGUAAACAAAAAUACUGGGAAAAAUACAUCUUUGAAAAUAUUUCUUCGUUCGUGGCUCAUAGCGAUUCUAUGAAAGCGGCAAAGUCAUUGGAGUCUAAAGAAAACACAUUUAUAUGGAGACAUGGUGCUGUGGAGGAUGCGAUUCUAAGUUCCCCAAUUUUGAAAGAAGAAAUUGCCACAACACUUAGGCUGAAUUGCAAACAAUUAACUCCCGACCGUCUUAAGAGUAAAUUAAAGGAACGACUAACCGUAGAACAGGGGAAAACAUUUUAUUCCAAAGUAUUAAAUGUCGAAGAAAUAAGAAGAUUUAUCCAAUUUAUAGAAAGGAAAGAAGAAUGCCUAACUGUCUACGAUAGCUACCGUAAACGUAAUAUGAGUGAAUCGAAAUCAUAUAACUCAUUUUUUUAAGUGGUAGGUCAGGCGAUGAUAUUGGCUUCCACGGGCAUCCUUGUGGGGAUAUUCUGCGGGUUCAUAUUUAAGAAAAUUAAGUCAUUAAGAUGUUAUUAAAUGGAAUGUACAUUAUCUCCAAAAGCUUUUUUGUACACUUUGUAAAUGAGGACAAAUAUUCAAUGCUAUUUCUUGUUUCAUUAUUUAAAGAUUGCAUCAUGAUGUCUUUGACGCUCUCUGGGGAUUGCUGUAAUUGACACGUCAGCAAAAUCGUACCUGGUCAAAUAUCAACUAAACAUUUGAAAAAAGCGACGCAAAUAAAAACAAUUUAUGAAUAUACACUGUUAACUUCUGUUCAUAGAUGUUUUUUAAAACAACAAAAUGGUUUCUUUUGUGAUUCAUGUUGGAUAUGAAGGUAGCGACAUUGCAGAAAAGAUAUAUAACCCGCGUUACGUGUUAUUAGUCGUCAUUAUUAUUAUUUCGUUCAGUCUUUGAUUUUUCUUAGGUUGCUGGAGGUUUCGACCAAUCAAAAUACUGUCAGAAAUGGAUCCCGUAGAUUUUAGUCCUGUCAGUUUCUACAGUAUUGUGAAUAACAAUCAAUUUUCGUAUGAAAUAGAAGAAAAGCUAUACUUAGUGGAUGUGCAUAAUUGUAUAUAAACAUAAGAGAUAGGUAUUAUUUCAUGAUGUCUUAAUUCCAAGCUUUCAGAUUGACGUUUUAUUAAUUGUAUAAAAAUUGUAUAAAAUUAAGAGAACAUGUAAUGUAUAUUGUUAGAUGAAGAGCUAUGAUUAUAUAAUAUUAAAAUAGCGUGUGUUAGCGUGGAAGAGGUAGUAUGAGAGAACGUAGUUAUCGGUCUAUUUUACAAUUUAUAGAUUUAAAUAUACAUGUACAUGCACUGUCAAAAUGUUUAUAGGUUUGUCAAUCGAGAAGCCGGGUUUUCCCCGCUAAUAUUGAUAAUUUUUAAAAAGUGAAGCUAUUUAAGUAAAAAUUAAAUCCCAAAAUAUUUACACUUGAUCAUAAAAUCUUAAAGUAAACGAAACUGUUCUACAAAUAAUAACGAAAAAAAAUAAAAGAAUCCAUCCACCACAUCUUCUGCAUUGCGAGUUAAGGCGGAUCCCUCCUCGAGUAAAUUCAUUACUGUUAGUUCUGUAUACACUGUAAAAAAAGAAAAACAUUCUUA